AUGCCUUUGUAUGCCAAUACUAUAUCACUAGCAAGUUCGACCACAGCUAAGGUACUGGUAUUUUUGUGGAAUCCCACGAAUUCGAUAAGGAUAAUCAACAGCUUCAGAGAAUUUUUGGGCAGCGGUCAGAGAUUCGGCCAUAUGGGACUCAAAACCAGGGCCUAUUGCGAGCCGAGGAGAACAUGGAGUGGGUGGAAACCCGCGUCUCACUACUACUUCUCGUCGACAGUCGGCAAACACAACUUCAACUCACUAUUUGUCGGUCCUCUGCUCAUUUUCGACGACAGUUCCUUUGAAUCGAUUCUCGUAUUGCGUCGUUUCUACAGAACAGACUUUCUAUCAAGAUCAACAAUUCCGGACCCUUAUUCAAGCACUUAUGGUCCAGAUGCUCAAGCAGCCCAAAGUCAUUUGGCCACAAACUUGCCGGCCUCACUAGAGAUUUUACCGGCAACAUGCUUGAACUGUGGAAGCUGUUUCUCAAGUCUCCGAGUCGAUUGUGUUUUCAUCAUCACCGACAGCAUCGACUAUCUCCAGGAUGCCCAUGCCAGUGACGGCUCAGGCGAGGAAGAGGCAGUACUGGCAAAUAUGCGCACCCUCGUACGGGACAGGGUAACAUUCUCAUCAGGCUCCUCCUCAGAAGGAGAUCAGGCCUUGGGUUGCCCGAUUUGA